AUGGUAGAGUUUGCCAUUAACAACUCGGUGCAUGCGUCCACGACACAUACACCGUUUUACGUGAAUGGCUUGCGCCAUCCGCGUGUACCCACCUUACUAGAGUGUAACUCUGGUUUAAGGGGGGGAGGGACUCGCGCGAGCAAAAACCGAUUUGGUUCACGCUCAUCACGCUCUGACGAAGAAGUCAUUGCGUUUGAUGCCGAUAUCGAUAACAUCGAUAUCGAAGAAGAUGAUGCCAGCGAGAGUGCGGAAGCCCUCACUGAAGAAGACGAUCCCAGUGAGAGUGCGGAAGCCCUCACUGAAGAAAAGGUUGAUGUUGCUGCAGUGCGCUCACAGCACACUGAAGCUAACGAGUCAUCAGAUGAGUUCAUACUGGCUCGUGAAACGGUAGUCCGUUUUGUGCAAGACUCCAUCGCCGAAGCGAUGGAUAAGCAAAAGCAAAACGCUGACAAGAAUGGAAGGGCAAACACUCUUUUAUUUAAUAAAGGUGACUUAGUCCUACUGUCUACGGUUAAUCUACCAAAACAUGUAGUGACUAACUUGGGUAGCAGUAAACUACUACCCAAGUACAUUGGCCCAUUUCGUGUAUUGCACCGCCUAGGCAAUGCAUACACGAUCUAG